AUGUCGCAACCAUUGGCUCCUAAUAGAAUUCACUCGCUUCCCGUUCAAGUCAAUUAUCAUUUACCAUCUUCAACUCAAACAUUUACGACAGUAUUUGAAGCUCCUCAACCCGUUUAUGUUCAUCCCAACGCCGCCAGUACUUCCGAUGAUGAAGUAUGGGGAUCUAUAUAUCUCAAAACUGUAAUUCAUGAAACCCAUCCAUCUUAUCCCGGCACACCAGAUCUUUCCGUAUACAUCCUUGACGCUCGCGAAACAUAUCUAAGACGUUCUCGAGCUUCUUCACCAUUCCCAUCCCACCUUCGCCCGUCUUCUCCGGCAGAAUCAUCUGUUCACAUACCCCAAGUAUGGACAGGCAAGGGACUCAUCUCCUGGGCACUUGAUGAACCUGGCCAAGGGAAAAAUCUCAUUACUGGUCGUCUCAUUCGAUCUAGAGAAUUCACGAGAAUCAUCAAAACUCAAGGGAUGAAUCCCAUGGAAGCUUUGAUGAUCUUCGAAGAAUGGGAAGAAGAAAGUUGGGGGAUCGAAAUUUCCUUGGGGUUGAAAAGUGGGACAAGUGGAAGUUUUGGAAUUCAUCCUCAAAUCAGAGAGGUUAUGGCUAUGGAUAACGAUCUCCGACGAUCUUCAAGUUCACCAUCAUCGGAAGCGGAACCUAUAGUGGUCUCCCAUUCUUCAACGAGGAAAUCAUAUGACACAUCCUCGACACAUGAACGGGUACGAGAACCAUCGCCAGAGAAAGAACGAAAGUCGGAAAGUCCAGAUGCCACACCAAGAGCUUCUGCAUUAGUCAAGAGACAAUCAAGUGUGAAAAGGAAAAGUGAACCACGCAAACGUUUAGCUUCGGUCGAUGUUAAUCGAUCCUCAUCUAGAUCUGGGGUGGAAGGACAAUCAUCGGAUAGCGAAUCAUUUCCCAAAGAUCUUCCAGCUGAGGCUUAUACAAAACCUGAACAUCUGACAAAAGAACAAGCUCAGAGAUUAUUGGAAUCACCUGCUUUCUUAGGCUUAUUGGAGAAACUGACCGGAGAACCAGUGGGAGGGAAACGUAAAGCGGAAGGACACGUAGGGGGAAGUUCAAAGAAAGUAAAGCCGAAUCCGAAAUCAGAAGGAAAGAAAGAUGAAAACACAUUGAAAUGUUAUAAUUGUGGUAGAACAAAGAGUGCCGUUUGGAGACAAAAAACUAUGGAAGAUGGGAAAAGUGUUAGAGUAUGUAACGCAUGCGGGUUAUAUUGGAAUAAACUUGGUCAAAUGCGACCACCAACUUUAUGGCAAGGAGUAGACGAAGAUGUUCGAGCCUUUUCAAAGAAAAAAGAAACUCAAACUCCUCCUGCACCAAGAAUGGAUGCUCAUUCCGCUCCUUCAACCUCACAUCAAUUACACAAUCAUCACAACCGUCAUUCCACCUCUUCAACUUCAUCUUUGAAUGUAAGCGGUUUCAAACGUACUUUAUCAGUGGUAGCGGAGAAAGAAGCACAAAGAAUAGCUUCUUUACGUACGAAACCACGUCAAACUUCAAACUUACACUUAUCGACUAAACCAACAAUGACAUCUCCUAUUCGUGGUCCUACACCUUCUCGAUCCCUCAGAAAUUCUAGAUGGAACCCAGACGCUCAUGGUGCUUCUUCCCCUGGCGGUUGGGCACAAUCGAUGGAUGUUCAAAUCCCGAAUAACGAAGGUUUCAAUCCUGUCGACUAUACUGAGUCUAGGGGCAUUCUGGAGACUAUAGAAGACGAAAGUCCCAACGCUGCGAUCAGACGGAUAUUAGGAACAGAUAUGGCUUUACAAGCCCUCCAAAUGCCUUUGAGCGACGAUACGAAACAUUCUUCUUCGUGGGAAACAGAUUUAUCACAUUUUUUUCAAAUCCCAACAGAUGCGAACACUUCUUCCGAUCAACUUAGACCACAUGAAAGUUCCGACGAUGACGCUUUAUCUCUAUUAUUCCAUCGGACAAGUAGUCAUGAUGUUUUUCGAUCCAGUUCCCCACCAUUCGAUUUUUCACAAUUACCUCCAUCUUCCCCACCUGCCAUGCCUAGCAGUUUAUCACAUUCCGCAUUGUUAGAUAGCAGUCCUGAGUAUUCACCUGCUGAACCGAGUCCCGACAUCUCUAAAACACCGAGGAAGAACAAUCCGAAAAUGUCUUUAACCCCUCGGUCAGCUAGAAAAGCAGCUAGAGAUGCAAAACAGGCUCAGGCUUAUAUACAGUCUCACCAUCAGAUUCAGUCGGGGUCCAGUCAAACCAUGGAAACGUCGGACGACCCGUUUGAUAUCACUUCUCUGUUUCAUGCGGAAGAUGGCGGGGCGAUGGAUGCGCUAACUCAGAUAUUGAGCGGGUUGAGCAAUGGUGUCACAGGACAGGGGAAUGAGCAGGAUAUUUGGGGAACGUUACAGGGGUUUACUACUUAG